UUGUUAAAAAAAAUAUGUAAAUUUAUUAACAUUCAUAUGGGGUCAUAACUUUCAUGGAAUUGAAAUAUUGAGAAAAUCUUACGAAAUUUUCAGCUUUCUCAAACGUUUACAGAAUUAUUCAUCUUGAUUCAUCAUUUAUCAUUUGAAUCAUAAGCUAGAAUCAUCUGUUGUGAGUCUACAUUGGCUGAAAUGUUAGAAUACCAUCUUCAACUAGAGUUGCCUCUUGCAUAUUGUAUUAUAAGAGUUUCCCUACUUAAAUGUGUUAAUUAUUGCUAAAAUUAUUCUGGGUUUAAUUUAGAUUUAUAUUUCUGUUUAACCAUUUUUAUAAGCUUUACCCUCGUGCUUGCCAUAUCCUUUUGUCUUAUCUUUUUAAUUUGCCUCAUCUCAAGUCAUAAUCAUCUGUUUCCUUUCACUUGUGUUGCCAUUUGCAUUAGAUGUCACGUAUUUCUGGAUUGAUUUUCUCACAAUUAAAUUGAUUAUAUUUUGUGACAACAAGUUUGCAAAAAGGUGUUUACCAGGUGGUUUGCUGUUCAAAUCAUCAGCACUGAGCUGGAUUGAGGAUCGAUAGGUGAUAAUUUUCCAGCAUUCGUGACUGUGUAUUCAGCAAAAUGACUCCGCCAUCAAUUUCUCGGACAGCAAAGAAAAGAGAUUUAAAGGAAAAGAUUGUGUCUAUUUAUGAGAAUCUUUUAAAACAUCAAGCUAAAUCUAAUUUGGUAGUGGAUUUGGUGAAUAAUGAGGCCUACUGGGAUGAAUUUUUUCUGUUACGAGCUAAUCCAAAAGCCAUGAUUGAUUUGCUGGUUGAAUUGAAUUACGAAGAGCUGAUCGAAUCUAAGAAUCUGAUAAACCUUUUGUUUACACAAUCAGCAAUCACUCUAAACUGUGAUAAUUACAUUAGAAUAGCCAAUGCUUUGGUUACAUUAUUAACUUUGUCUAGGACCAUAUUAGGAUCAACCAAAAUAAAGGUUGAAAAUCAGCUGGAUAUAUUGAUUGGUAAAAGUGAUUUAGAGAUUAAAAUAAACCUCGUAUCGAGUAAAUUAUACACACUUCUAGUAGAGGAUAAUCCACAAUCCAUUAAAUUGCUUGUCCUCAAAUUGUAUAUCACCUUUUUAACCGGUUACGAUGAUAUCAAAAGCAAUCCAUUUGCGGAAAAUUUCAUGUCGGAUAAACUUUUCGAUGCCUUUAUGUCGAUUCUGGCCUCUCCAGCUGCUCGUCAAGCUUACGGUUAUCAAACUCUACUUCUCAUCACAAUUCUAAUUAAUCAUCGUAAAAAUAAGGUUGUUAAUCCAUUCACCGUUAGACUUUCAAUUGUGGACAAUGAAGUCGUUCUCAAUGGGUACGCUCAAGUCAUAUCUCACUCUUUCAUAGAAUUCAUCAAAAAAUUUUACGAUAAGAAGGAAGAAAAUACAAACACAGGUCUGCUGUCCAGCUUGACAUCAAUGGUUGGUAAUAUGUUUGUUCCAGAAGAAGAGGCAGUCGAGGACAUUGGACUUGAACCUGAUGAUGGUAUUUUAAUGGGAUAUUACGGAAUUGUACAUUUAAAUCGUAAUUUUAUUACUCAAUUGGCACAUAUCUCAGCUGAGUGUUAUGGCGACAGCGGAUCAUCGAACCUUUCAAAUAAUAGUUCAACCAAUGAGCUAAGCAUACCUUCAAAUCUUCUUGUGAUAUUUUUUGAAUUUUGCUCUAUUGUAAUGUUACAAACAAAAGAUGAGGAAAAUUUCGAUACUUCAAGAUUAUGUCUAUUAAUUUUAACUUGUAUAUCAGAGGAUCAAUGUGCCAAUGCUAUCAUGCAUGAUCUCAAUAUUGUAUACAAAGUGAAUUUACAUCGUUUGCCAAUGAGACAUCGAAAAGUAGCCGAUGAAGGAAACAAGCUAUCUCGACCAUUAGCUUAUUCAGUUCUAGACUUGAUGGUGGAAUUUAUAUCGACACAUUUAAGGAAAAAUUUUCUUUGUGAAUUAUACACUCUUUGUAUUGGUGUUAUUCAUAGACUGCUUUGUUAUCAGAAGAAGUGCAAAAUACGUUUCAAUUACAGUUGGCGUAAUCUUUGGUAUUCAUUGGUCAAUUUGCUCAAAUUUUUGGUAAACCAUGAAGCAGAAUUGAUUAAGAAAUUUAGUAUUCUCCGUUUGGCUAAUCAGAUUGUUAACAUUUUCAAUCUUUUCAUCACUUUUGGUGAUACUUUUCUUCCAUCACUUCAAUCAUAUGAUGACCUGCAUUAUGAAAUUAUCCGAAUGCAUAAUGUUUUCGAUAAUCUCUAUUCUGUCGCUAUCAAGUAUUCAUCAAUGGAAGGAUCAUCGCCAUGUAAAAAUCACGCAACAAGACUGGCCAGUUCUCUUAUUAAUAUCAAAGCCAUAAUUAACCAUUUUAAUUCAAAAAUUGAAGCAUGGAGCAUUGCUAAUCAAGUUGCUUCAUUAACGGAAGAUCAAGUUCUUGAAGUGGUUCGCAAUAAUUACGAUUCACUGACUCUUAUCUUACAAGAUGGACUUGAUCAGUAUGAAAAUUAUGCAUCUGAUAAAGUGUGUGAGAUCACCUUUUUCAGCCAAAUGAUUAAGAAAGUAAUCAUGAAAUCGAGAGCGAACCAAUUAGACUUUACUGUGCAAGAUCAACAGACUUUAAUGCAAGAUAUAUUAACUUUAAAUUCAUGACAAUCAACAUUUACGGUGGUAAAUGAAUCAGCAUUAACAACUCAUCUUGAAUUAAUGCAUUCAAUUUGUUGUCUGGCUCCGCAAUAAUUCAUUGUAAUAACUAUUAAUGUAAAAUUUAAAUUAAAUUAACUCAGUGAAAAAGUGUUA